GACCCAAUUAACACAACUUACUGUAUGCCUCCACUGGGAAGAUCAACGGUCAGUCUAUUCUCAUAGCACGUCCGCACCUUUGGACGUCAAUAAUAGUUAUUCUAAGACAAUGAAGACCUUACCAGUGAUAUUACUCCUCAUGUGUUGUGCUUCCCUCUGCACGAGUUUUAGCCCGGAUAUUUUUUUCGAAGAAUAUGGUUACCUUGACGACAAAGCUUCAAUGCCAACGGAUGCAAGCCACAGCCCGGAGGAUCGGGAACGGGCUAUCAGACAUUUCCAGAAGGUAGUUGGAUUACCAGAGACGGGAGUACUCGACAAAAAAACUCUCCGAAAAAUGGCCGGUGAACGAUGCGGAGUCAAGGAUCUCAUUCCCCCUAGGAAGAGAGCUACACCCGGUGGACCCCUUCCCUUCUAUGCAGUAGGUUCAAAGUGGGAAAAACCCACAGUGACGUACUCUUUUGUAAGCUACACGAGCCAACUGCAGCGUGGACAACAACGUGUUUCUAUUGCGAACGCCUUGGCGAAAUGGUCUACCCAGGCCAACAUCAACUUCCGGGAAGUCUCCGGAAGUAGUGCCGAUAUUCUGAUCAGCUACGGUCGGGGAAAUCACGGGGACAGUUAUCCGUUUGACCGUGAAGGAGGCACACUUGCCCAUGCGUUCUUUCCUGGUUCCGGAGACAUAUCCGGUGACACCCAUUUCGAUGACUCCGAACGAUGGACAGUGGGAAGCUCCGAGGGUACCAACCUUGAGAUUGUUGCGGCUCACGAGUUCGGUCACGCUCUUGGGCUUGGUCAUUCUAAUGUACCAGGGGCUCUGAUGGCCCCUUACUAUUCUGGAUAUGAUCCUAACUACGGGCUUGGGAAUGACGACAUACAGGCAAUCCAGAGCCUUUAUGGUGUCCGCACGAGCAGUGGCACGCCCACGCGCGCUCCGCGGCCGACCUCUCGACCUCGCCCGACAACGAGGCGACCAACUACCACCAGGGCCCCCCAGGGAACUGACUGCAACCUCAAGUUCGACGACACAUUUACCGGUGACGAUGGCCGUAUUUAUGCUGUACGAGGAACAAAAGUGUAUAGGUUUCGGUCCGACGUCAAUGGGGUUGAAAGAGGAAGAUACAUCAGAAGGGUGUUUCGUAGGGCUCCGAAAAACCCAGGCGCUAUAGUCAAGGCUAGAAACCAGCGACUGUACUUCUUCAAAGGUAAGAGGUUUUGGCGAUACACCCGAGGGCAGUUGGACAGCGGGUACCCAAAGGUUAUCAAAGGCGAAAGCAAUUGGUACAGGAAUGUCAAGGCCGCUGUGCUCUGGCGCGACGGAAAUGUUUAUCUAUUCAAGGGUUCCGAGUAUAGCGUUUGGACCGAAGGAUACACCCAGCCACCACGAGGGUAUCCCAGACCUGUAUCCUCCUUUUUCCCAGGUGUACCGACAAAUGUAGAGGCUGCCAUCCGCUACAAUCGCUAUACCUAUUUCUUCAAAGGACACAACUAUUUCAAGGUAGACGAUUACAGCCGACGAGUAGUGAGGGAUUAUCCUAAAAAGAAGGCUAGCGCGUGGUUAGGGUGCGGCACUCCUACCCCUAAAUAAAGACGCAUGGGCGUCAGUACAUCAUGAGUUUCUAUUUUCAGCGCAAAACAGACAUUUCGCAACGUAUUACAAUAUAAAAGACCAAUGGUGUGAACCAUUUUGUCCCUUUUGACAUUGUUCUUUCGCUUGUAUGCUUUCACUUACCGGUAUUCCCAUAGAACAGGAUAACUAAGUGUGUGCUCAAGAUGGGUUUCAGUAGGCUUUCAUUGUUGUUAUUAUUAUGUUUGAUUUUAAUGGAAGGGAAAAACAGCUAUUUCAUGAAGUAUUAUGGCGGAAAAGAAGUCCAUAUAGGUUACAAAUCGUCAAAGUUAAGUCUAACGGUAUCUGACAAUUGACAUAUCUCUACAUUGUUCAGUAAAUGUCGUAAUAUCGAUGUGUUUGUGGUUGUAUUUCGACCAGAUACUUUCUAUGCAUCCGUGAAGAAAUUCAGUGUACUUGAAUGUACGUCAAUUUAGUCUUCUGUAAGAAGUUGAUUUCUUUAAGCCCCCAGUUAAUGUUCACAAUAAAAUUUUGGUCGCAUAUAGAUGCUAUGCAUAUGUAUACUUAUAUGAUUAAUUUAAAAUAUGAAUGAAAAAACAAAUUGACAAAUGCAAGAAAAUGUGUUUAUUGAACUAAACAGAUUUACCACAAGUUUCACGUGCAGCUACGGAAAUCCAUCUUUGUGUCACACAGAUAAUAUUUUCUGAAUUUCUAGUUCAACGUCCGUAAGAAGUCACAAUUUCAAAAGUAAAAAAAAAUAAUCGAUGCUGUUUGAAUAAAGGCAUUGUGUAUUUUGUGUUUUAUUCUAUUGUUGUUUAUUAAAAUCUAAACAUGCAUGCAACAUGUAUUACCUUUAUUUAAAUUUUAUUUUAUUUCAAUUAUAUGCAGUUGGUUUAAAUGUACAUUUACCGAAUCACACACAGUAAUUUGAAGAUUUUUUAGCACGAAUAUAGUUUGUCUUUCGAAUAAUCGUGGUGAUGCAAAUCCACCUUUUUGACAGGGAUAUGACAUUUGACAUAGGAAAUAAACACUUAUUGAGGUUUUCA